UUAUAGAAGCAGAAACGUCAAAAAUUGUUGUCAAACAUAACCUUAAUAUUCCAAGCUACAAACCGGAAUUGGUCGUCUUUGUUGUUAUUUCUCGUUUUGAAAUAAAAUAAGUGACAAAAAUGAAAGAAAAUAAUGGAGAAGUGGAUACAAGAAACGUUGUUAAGAACCGAGAGUUGCUGUAUCGGAUGAUCAUAAGUCAAUUAUAUUAUGAUGGAUUUCAACCGAUAGCUGCAACUCUUGCUGCGGCUGUGCAUGCUGAUCCACCAUGCCCGCCGAGUGACAGAUUAUUGAAUCUGAUGAUGGUGGGUCUCCAAAAUGAACCUGACAGAAAAGACCGCCUGGCUGCUACAAGCGUGGCGGAGCACCUGCUUGGGACUACUGGUUUUGAUCUUGAGUAUGAGAUGGACGCCUCAUCACUAGCGCCGGAGCCAGCAACGUAUGAGACUGCUUAUGUGACGUCACACAAGAUGGCAUGUCGCGCCGGCGCAUUCAGUUCCUGCGGACAGCUUGUUGCCACUGGCAGUGUGGACGCUAGUAUUAAGAUCUUGGACGUGGAGCGCAUGUUAGCUAAGUCGGCGCCUGAGGAGGUGGACCCUGGACGUGAACAGCAAGGACAUCCAGUUAUAAGGACAUUGUACGAUCAUACAGAUGAAAUAACUGCUUUGGACUUUCACCCACGCGAGCAGAUUCUCGUGUCGGCAUCGCGGGACUGUUGCAUCAAACUGUUUGACAUCACAAAGGCUUCAGCGAAAAAGGCUUACAAAUCUAUUACAGAUGCAGAGCCAGUGCUCUGCGUGGCGUUCCAUCCCUUGGGCGACCACAUCAUAGCUUCCACCACUCACCCAGUGAUCCGGCUGUAUGACGUCACCACCAGCCAAUGUUUCGUAUGUCCAAUACCGUCUCAUCAUCAUAAGAAGCAAGUUAAUUCCAUUAAGUUUUCCCCGAAUGGCAAGUACUUCGCGAGCGGCAGCGCGGACGGGUCGGUGAAGCUGUGGGACACCGUGUCCAACCGCUGCUUUAACACUUUCAUCAACGCGCACGAGGGGGCCGAGGUCUGCUCCGUCGCGUUCACCAGGAAUAGCAAGUAUCUUCUAACAUCUGGAUUGGACUCGUCUAUAAAACUGUGGGAGCUGGCCAGCAGCAGAUGUCUCAUACAAUACACUGGAGCGGGCACCACUGGCAAGCAAGACCACCACGCCCAAGCAGUGUUCAACCACACGGAAGACUACGUGAUGUUCCCGGACGAGGCGACCACGUCGCUGUGCACGUGGCACUCCCGCAGCGCCAGUCGGUGCCAGCUGAUGUCACUCGGCCACAACGGUGCCGUCAGAUACAUAGUCCAUUCCGGGACCGCCCCAGCGUUCUUAACUUGCAGCGAUGACUACAGAGCAAGAUUUUGGUACAGGAGGAACACGCAUUAAGAAUUUGACGAGUGACUUCGAUUUAUUAUAUCUACCACAUUUUAAGAGCUAAAAUAAAGAUUUUUUUCAAAUUCA